UUUUUUAUCGAAAAAUCGAAAAAAGUGAAAUUUUUUCUCAAAAAUCAAAUAUUUGAGGAAUGAAAAGUUGAAAACGUAAGUCUUUUUUCUUUUGGUAAAUUGAAAUGAAUUUGAGUAAAAGAAUUGUCAAUCUUCGUCCGUUUGAAACCCCUGAAGCUCGCUGAUCCCGUUUCAGUCAUUUGGAGCCAGUGCUAAAGCAGAUGUUUUCAAUGUUGAUGGAACAGGAUAUCUGUUUCUUUUGCAACGGCUACUAUGGGCCAACGCACGGAGAAUACGUUUGUGGAACCUGUCAUCUAUUUUUGUACGCUGACGAACAGAAUCCGAACAUUGUCUCUUAUAUCAAUGUACUAGAUGAAAACGAUAGCGGUAACGAUGAACCCAGCGAAAGUCAACUCAGCAGUGAACGAUAUCCUAGGAAUGUUUCAUGUUCACCUCGAAACGGUAUUCAACGUUCGUUAUACGAGAGAGUUAAACAACUCAGUAAUGUUACUCCCGAAAGGCUGAAAAAUACUAAUAUCGAUCAUAUGACCAAAUUACCACCCGAAGUCUUUUUCAUCAUAUUUCGUCACUUGGAUUCGUUAUCUUUAUGGACGUUAUCUGUCGCUUGUAAAUAUUUAACCGAAUUAAUUCACGUCGAUAUGUCCGAAGAAAAAUGGAAAGACCAAGUGAGCAAAUUUUGGCCACUGUAUAAACCAAUGUAUGCUGAUAGUUGGUACAUGACGUUUUCAAAAUUAGUGCUCAGUGCCCCUUGUAAAACAUGUUUAGGAAAAAUGAUGCGCGAUAUUGAAAAUAAAUCAGACUCUAUGGGAGUUAUUGAUAAACCCAGACAUAUGCAAAGAAUCAAACACGAUAUGAUGACAAUGAAACACGAUCCUCCAGAAGGAGUAUAUGCGACACCGAUCGAUGAUAAUUUAAUUCACUGGAGUGCAGCUGUGCAUGGACCAGCGAACAGUCCUUACGAAGGAGGCAUUUUUUAUUUAUAUAUGGAGUUUCCUUACGCGUACCCUUUGUAUCCUCCUAAAAUUCGAUUCAUUACGCGGAUUUUCCAUCCUAAUAUAUCCAGACAUGGUGAUAUAGGAUUAGAUCGAAUCGCCAACGAUUGGAGCGGAGCUUUAACUAUAGCGAAAAUCUUGAUAUCUAUUCAGUCUCUGUUAACGGAUCCAUAUUGCAAGGUUUGUAUGGAACCGGCUAUCGCGAAAUUAUAUGAAACCAAUCGAAAUGAAUUCAACCGUAUUGCGACCGAGUGGACUUAUAAAUAUGCUAUGAAUGAUAUUUUACCAGCAGCGCCGUUCAACUCUUAUAAUUGUGAUAAAUCUGCUUGAAAUGCGCAAUUUUAUGGAAAAACAAUAUCGUACUAAUAAUUAUAAUAGCUUUAAGAAGCUCAAUGUAAAAUGUUCUUCGGUUUUGAUGUUCGAGUUUUUCAAGUCAUGAUAUUUUAUAAUGAUGGUUUUCAAUCUCAUGAUUCUUUUGAACAGAUGUUGUGCUUGAAUGAAUCAAAAUAUUGAUGUAGUUUUUCAAUAAAUACCAUACUGUUUUA